AUGCCCACUACCAGGGAUGGAGAGUUGAUGUGUGCACAUCAUCAUCGUAAAUUUAAAUAUUAUUGCAUAAUGCACGAUGAACCAUGUUGCGACAGGUGUCAUAAACGGACACACAAUAAAUGUGUUGAUGUUUUAACAUUAAGUUGUAUUCACAAUGUUGAACGUUCAGCUGCUUUCAGCGAAUUAGAAGAUGAAAUAGACAACUUUACAUCCAAUAUAAAUUCUAAUGAAGAAAAUAAGAAAUCUCUUUUAAAUAAUUUGUUGAGAGAAAAGAUUGAAGUGCUCCAAGAGAUAGAAAAGAAUAGAGCUAUCUGGAAUAACAAAUUAGAUCAAAUUCAAACUGAACUUCAAAAUGAGCUUGGACUAGUUUUCGACACGAUGAAAGAAGAAAUUGAUGGAGACUUAGAUGAAAUUCAGUACUUGAGACAUUUGGUUGAUAAUUCGAGGACAACAAAGGAUGAAACUUCUGACGCACAAUGUUUCUUAAACAUGAAACGAUUGAGCAAAGCAAUUCGCCAAGCUCAUUUAAAAUUAGAAUCAUUAUCUUCGGUGAGUAGAUUGCAUGAUGUAAAUCUGAACUUUUCACCAAACGUAGAACUUUUAAACUCGCUGGAUUCCCUAGGAACUAUUUCCCUUGAUGCAGAACGAAAGCACAUGUCAAUAGAACAAUUUCAUUUAAAACAAGCACAAACCAUUUCUUAUCAGAAGGAAAAAAUGAACAGCAAAGCAGGGAAAUCGAGUUCUGUACAAUCUUCACGCUUUUCACGCAAGUCACUCGAGGCUAUAAAUCGCCGUGAGAAAUUGGAACCAUUCAACCCAACAGCUUUGACAGCAUCGUCUGAAUGUGAUGAAAUAAUUUUCAUGGAUAGAGACAACAGAAGAUUAAUUCUAUACGAUGAAAAUGGAAAAUGUAAUGGUUGCAUUAAUUUGGCUGGAAUUAUAACAGCCACAUAUGCCAUCUUUGUUUCAGGGAAAACGGUACUAUUACAUUUUCCCAGCUCUAUAAAAUGGUCAUUUGUGUAUCCAAGGCAGGUGAAGGAAGCAAAUUAG